AUGAGCUUUGAUAAGCAGAAAUAUGUGAGCGAGUCAUGCCGGAAAGCGCUGGAUAGAUUCAAAUAUAAACCUCAAGUAUUUAGCUCUGUGGGUGGGUGUGAUAACUUGAAAGUUGAAAGUGAGCUUCAUAAUCCGAAUUUCGUCUCGGGGCCCCUGCCCGAAGCAGAGCUUAAAGAUGUUUGCACCGAUAAUCAAAACUAUGCCGAAGAUGACAAAUUACCUCUCUUUCUAGGCGGGUUAGAUUCGGAUAUGGCUUCAGACUAUGGAUCUGAUAGUGGUUUGUUUGAGCUAUGCCCUAUGCUAGAUAUCCAUCAAGGCCCUCAUACAUUCCCGAAUAAUGAUGCCCACAUUGUGAACAACUAUGUGAAAAUUAUAGGCGAAGAAGAAUUUGGAGAUAUUGAUGACGACGAAAUGUUGGAAGCUAUAACUUACUUGGAAAAGCACACCACAACAGAGUUAAUUAAAAAUAAGUGGGACAGUGAUUCGGAUAUGGAUGGUGCCUCCAUUUUCGAUGACUACCCCACGACGGAAGGUCAAGCUGAUAAUGAGAAAGAAAAUAUUCAAAAUGCAUCUAAGGAGAAAUUUCUGCAACUCCAUUCACUUCCAGUCAUAUCUCAUAAGCCAGCCACUCAAGAAAAACUAUCUGCGGAUGAUAUAGUUCAGGGUCAAAAUCAAUCUUUAUCUACCUCUAAUAAAGAUUUUCAUGCGUCAGAGAUCUGCCCAUCAGAGGAGCUUCCAACGGGCCCUGAGCCUGGGAUUGCUACUGAAAACUUCUCUAUGCCUUCUGAUGUCAAGUUUGCCCUUAAUGAUUAUUCGCAGGACCAAGAGGUAUUUGAUCUGGACUUACAAAGAUCUGCGCCGCCAGAGAAUUUUGUGGAAGUAAGUAAAUAUUUUCAGGAUACUACCAGUGAUACUUACGCCAGCGAGGCCAAGAUGAGAGAUUCUUGUGGGAAUUUAGAUAUAUCAGGUGAUAUUAAUGAUAUCGAGGAACUUGUAUCCGGGUUGGAUACGUUCUCUUGUGAAGAGAGUGAAGAGACGCCGGGUGGUGCGGUUGGGCCAGAAAACGGAAGGAGUACCGAAGGGAAAGGCGAUGAAGAUGCGGAUUUGGAUGUGAUAGAAAUAGAGAGAGAGAGAGAGAUUGAGGAGAAUUUAGAAGAAGGUGAGGAUGAGGAUGAGAGUGAGAGUGAGGAAAGUGCACUAUAUAUGAGCAAAAAAAAGAAAGGCUCAAAGGAAGACCAAGCCGGCAAAAGCUACGCGGGAGCGGAAGCCUCAAAAAAAGAGAAAGAUCCGUGUAGUGGAUCCUUCGCAGCCGAAACUAUCUGA